GCUGUCUUCCUCGUACCUCCCACCCAGAGGUCCAAAGUCGCCUGAGGAGGGAAGAAGGAAACCAGCCAGAGAAUGGAUCAGAGCUGGGAGUCCCAUGCAAAUGAGCCUGGUCCCAGUGACCUGGAAGCCAGUGCAGGAUCGAGAAACCAAAGCACCUGCUUGAAGGCUGUGCUGAGAGAGGAGGAGGCUGGCCAAAGCUGGUAAGGAGUGGACAAGGGUCUCUCAGGACGUCUGCCGAGAGGCUCCCUGCAUGCGAUCCGAGGAUGACCGAGCCACAGGGCCCGGAGCUCAUACCCGAGUGUCCUGUCUGCUGGAGCCCCUUCAACAACACGUUCCACACCCCCAAAGUGCUAGACUGCUGUCACUCCUUCUGCGUGGAAUGCGUGGCCCACCUCAGCCUGGUGACGCCGGCCAGGCGCCGCCUGCUCUGCCCACUUUGCCGUCAGCCCACCGUUCUGGCUUCAGGGCAGCCAGUCACCGAUUUACCUACAGACACUGCCAUGCUGACCCUUCUCCGCCUAGAGCCUCACCAUGUCAUCCUCGAGGGCCACCAGCUCUGUCUCAAGGACCAGCCCAAGAGUCGCUACUUCCUGCGUCAGCCUCGGGUCUACACCUUGGAUCUUGACCCUGAGCCUGGGAGCCAGACUGGCCCUCCUCAGGACACAGCCCCUGACACCAGGCCUGUGUCCAUCCCCAGCCACUACUCUCUCAGAGAGUGUGUCCGAAACCCUCACUUCCGCAUCUUUGCCUACCUGAUGGCUGUCAUCCUCAGUGUCACCCUGCUGCUCAUCUUCUCCAUCUUUUGGACUAAGCAGUUCUUUUGGGGCAUGGGGUGAGCUCUCCGUGUUCCAGGACAAGGAAUGGGCCUUUCUCAGUGGUUGCUGGAGUGGGGACUACAGAACCGCCUUUCGUGUUGUCUUCUUUGUAAUGUUGCCCGUUUUGCAGCCCAGGGAUCUGUUAGGUCAUGUGUCUGCUUUGGAGAACAGGGAUGGCCUGACAGGAAAUAAAGAACUGAAGGGCCAGAGCACUGAUUAUGAACUAUGGGGUCACAAUCAGGGGUAGAGAAGCAGUUCUGCGGCCACAUGGUCACACAGCAAACUGUGCCAAAGGGCUGGACGGCACUGUCCAGACAGCCAACUAGAUGAGAUAGCUUGUAGCAUCUUUCACUGAGCUGUUCGUGUGUUGCUGACAAUUCUGGGAAGUGUUUCAAUUCUCUGUGCUAAUGUGCUUGUCUCCCCUUUCAGUUUUCUCAUUCUUGCCACCAUUUCCAGUAAAACAAGCCUGCAUUCUUUAA